AUGCAAACAGACUCCAUUGGAGACUCCCUGUCCCGGCCGCAGCGGUUUAGUUCAUCUGAUCCGGAUACUGCGGGCGCCGGUGAGGGUCUGUGUGUCCCGCAGCCUGGCCUGGCCGCUUCCUCCGGAUUGGGGUUGAUGCUGUGCACAGGAAAGUCGUGGAAGGCGCUGACCCUGUCGCAGAAGAGGCCCUACGUGGACGAGGCGGAGCGGCUGCGCCUGCAGCACAUGCAGGACUACCCCAACUACAAGUACCGGCCGCGCAGGAAGAAGCAGGCCAAGCGCCUCUGCAAGCGCGUGGACCCCGGCUUCCUCCUGAGCAACCUGUCCCGGGACCAGAACGCCCUGCCCGAGAAGCGGGGCGGCAGCCGGGGGGCGCUGGGGGACAAAGAGGACAGGGGUGAGGGCCCCACGGACACGUACCCCUACGGGCUGCCCACGCCCCCGGAAAUGUCACCCUUGGACGUGCUGGAGCCGGAGCAGACCUUCUUCUCCUCCCCCUGCCAGGAGGAGCAUGCGCACUCUCACCGCAUCCCGCACCUGCCCCGGCCCCCUUACUCCCCGGAGUACGCCCCCAGCCCUCUGCACUGCCGCCACCCCCUGGGCUCCCUGGCCCUCGGCCAGUCCCCGGGCGUCUCUAUGAUGUCCACUGUCCCGGGCUGUCCCCCGUCCCCUGCCUAUUACUCCCCCGCCACCUACCACUCUCUCCACUCCAACCUGCACGCCCACCUGGGCCAGCUCUCCCCGCCUCCCGAGCACCCCGGCUUUGACGCGCUGGAUCAGCUGAGCCAGGUGGAACUCCUGGGGGACAUGGAUCGCAAUGAGUUUGACCAGUAUUUGAACACUCCUGGCCACCCAGACUCUGCUGCAGGGGCCGUGGCCCUCAGUGGGCACACCCCCGGCUCUCAGAUGACACCCACGGGCCCCACAGAGACCAGCCUCAUCUCGGUGCUGGCUGAUGCGACGGCCACGUACUACAACAGCUACAGCGUCUCAUAGAGCCGGAGGCCCGCCCAGCCCUGCCUCCGCCCAGCCCUGCCUCCGCGCCUGGGCACGGAGCAUACGGACCUGCGACCUGCACAUCUGCACCCAGGGACCCUCAGCGAACCGGCUCUGCAGAUCCCAGUACCCUCUCCAUCCCCUUCCUUCCCGGCCCCAAUCCCCUCCGCCUGCAUUUUGAGUAUAUUCCUUCAAAUGCGUUGUCAUUGGCUACACCUGGGAAUAAGACCAGAGAGUUUUUGAAAGACACGGGUUCCAGGUAGAAUUUUCACGGACCUCUCCUCCCGGUUCCCAUCUCAGAUAUAACUGUAAAAAGCCCAGCAGCAUUCUCACCUGGGAGCCGUGGGCUGGGAUCCAGAUACCCAGGAUCCGCAGAGGUUCUGGUGAUACCCUGACUGGCCUCUCCUUCCCUUCCAGCCUGCUCCCCACGUCCAUCUGCAAAGUGGGGGACAGAUUUAACACCCAAGGUCCCUUCUGCUCCAGGGUUUUCUGAUUUAGGAUUCUCUCACGGCUACAAGGAAAAUAAAGGUGGCCCCAGGAAGCUCAUUGAGGUGUAAUCUGGGAUAAUUUCAUGUGCACAGCCCAAGGACACAGGGCUUUCUGCACUUGCACUGCCUUCCAAAAUGAUCCUACUUGUCAAUUUUCCUUCCAAUUUGAGGGAAAAACACACACACUCAUCUUGAUUUGGGGAAUUAACCACUGAAUUACUGAAAAUGAGAUUGUAUUCAAGCUGCAUUUUUAAAAAUGUAUUUUUUAGACAAGUUCUUUUUUUCUUUUGUUACACAUUUCAAGAGAAUAUACACAGCCUGAAUAUAUAUAGUCAGGGUGUAAGAGAUACACGACAUACACACACCUUCAUGCACACCCUUACAUGCAUGCCUGUGUGGCCUAAAUCAGAUGCUCUUGUUGACACUGGCAACUUUUUGUCCCUCUUCCUAUUGACCCAAAGAGCAAGGAACCUAAAAAGAAUUUCCUCUGAUCUGAAUGUGUUGGCUUCUUGAGCAAAAUUUCAGCACACCCUCCCCUCUGCAAAUGCAAAGGGAGCUUUCUUCCCACUGUCUCCCUCUCCCUCUCUCCCUUUGCUGGGAUUUCUUUUGCCCUUUGCUCUUCCUCCACCCUGAAUUGGCCACUAAUUCAAAGGUCCCCUGACUUGAAAAUUCCAAGCUCGAUUCCCAUGGCUGGGAUGGGAAUCCCUCCUCCUCACCAGCCCUGCCGGUCCUUUAGGUAACAUCUUCAGACAAUACUUCAAAAAAGCUUCUCCUCUACACCUUCAGGGUGCUUACUCCCCAAAGAACAGAAGCCCACUGUGAUUCAGAAGGUGUUUCUGAGCCCUGACCCCGCCCCCAGAACAUUUCUAUCCUCUCAGACCUCCUUUGAAGGAACUUACCUAACAGGGAGCGAAAAGGCCAUUGUUGGUCUUUUGUUGUCUGCAUAUUAUUGCCUGUAUGAAAUAUAUAAGUGUUUUAUAUAUACUCUUAUUUUCACCUUAUAUUUUGUAUUGUUGAAAGUUCCUUUUUUUUCCUUCCAAGGAGUCCGAUUGUAAAAUCACUUAUAAUACAUGAUUACUCUUUAUGCUAUUACUGUAUAUAAUGUUUGGUAAUAAAUAGUAAACCAUUGACAAUACGAUUGACUGGUGCAGUCCAGAACGUGUAUCAAUAAUCUUGUAAAACACCAUCACAGACAUUAAGCUAAACUGUUCCUUUUUUUUUUUUUCCCUAAAAACUACACAUGGUUUGGAACGGUUGUAGAUAUUGUUUUGUCUAAGAUAUUUAAUUUAAAUAAACCUUUUUGUACCGUGA